GGGCUGGGAAGCGGGUGCAGGGACCGCGGGUACGCAGUCCACCUGUCCCCGAAGCCGCGGUAAAGCACAGCAGAGCCGGAGGAGCGGUCGCUCCCGCACCGGCACCCCCUCCCGCGGCGGUGAGGGCGCUGUGGCUCUCCCGUCCCAGUCCCGCGCUGCUGCCGCUGCUGCGCGGGCGGCGAGCGACGCGCACUUUGCAGACGGUCCCUGCGCCGCUCUCCGCAGAGCCGCGCAGGCGCCCCGCGCCCGGUGCUGGGACGGCGGACCCGGUGCGAGCGGGAGAGCGGAGCGGAGCGGCUGGGAGGAGCAUGGACGGGAUGGAGCAAUUGGCAACCUGCUGUUUACCAUGGGGACACCAUCAUGAAGAGCCAGCCCAUCUUUCCUGGCAGAAUCUCCUGCCCUCUGUGAGGAAGAAGCGUGCAGCCUGGCCUUGCCCCUACAGCAGGAGCUGGGUCCAAGUGCAUCCUCAGCCUGCUGUCUUAGAGCUGUUCCUGCUUCAGGUCAAUGAGACUAUCUGCUGCUAAUUCAUCAUGACAUAAUAUGUGGUCUCCAGCCCCAUCCUGUUGGAUAAAUUUCCUGCUUCCUCUUGGUCUAUACACAUGUGACUCCAGGUGUUCAUCAGCUACCCAGCCUGGUACAGCGACCUGGGAUGCCAUCAGGAGCUCGAAUGCCCCAUCAGGGGGCUCCCAUGGGUCCCCCAGGUCCCCCAUACGUUGGAAGCCCCUCAGUGCGACCUGGGAUGCCCCAGACCGUGAUGGAAACAACAAGAAAACGCACUGCACCACAGCAGGUCCAGCAACAGCAGGUGCAGCAGCAAGUGCAACAGCAGCAGCAAGCCACUCAGAACCGAACUAGGAGUGCCAAGAGGAGGAAGAUGGCUGACAAAAUUCUCCCUCAGAGGAUCCGGGAGCUGGUUCCUGAGUCCCAAGCCUACAUGGAUCUGUUGGCCUUUGAACGCAAACUAGACCAGACCAUUAUGCGAAAGCGUGUGGAUAUUCAGGAAGCACUGAAGAGGCCAAUGAAGCAAAAGCGGAAACUGAGACUUUACAUCUCCAACACAUUUAAUCCUGCAAAAUCUGAUGCUGAUGACUCUGACGGCAGCAUUGCUUCAUGGGAGCUGCGAGUGGAGGGGAAGCUCCUGGAUGACCUCAGCAAACAAAAACGGAAGUUUUCGUCUUUUUUCAAGAGUUUGGUUAUUGAGCUGGACAAAGAUCUUUAUGGACCUGACAACCAUCUUGUGGAGUGGCACAGAACUCCUACAACCCAGGAAACGGAUGGCUUCCAGGUGAAAAGACCUGGUGAUGUCAGUGUGCGGUGCACAUUACUCCUUAUGUUGGACUACCAGCCUCCACAGUUUAAACUGGACCCACGACUAGCCCGUUUGCUGGGGAUACACACACAGACCCGGUCAGCCAUCAUCCAGGCUCUCUGGCAGUACAUCAAAACAAACAAGCUGCAAGACUCCCAUGAUAAAGAAUACAUUAACUGUGACAAAUACUUCCAGCAGAUCUUUGACUGCCCACGGCUAAAGUUUUCUGAAAUUCCUCAGAGACUCACUAACCUGCUGCUGCCACCAGACCCUAUAGUGAUAAACCAUAUAAUCAGUGUUGACCCAAAUGAUCAGAAGAAGACAGCUUGUUAUGACAUAGAUGUAGAAGUUGAAGACCCAUUAAAGGGACAGAUGAGUAGUUUUCUUCUCUCAACAGCUAACCAACAGGAGAUUACAGCACUGGACAACAAGAUUCAUGAGACAAUUGAAUCUAUAAAUCAGCUAAAAAUACAACGUGACUUCAUGCUGAGUUUCUCCAAAGAUCCCAAAGGAUACAUCCAAGACCUUCUCCGGUCCCAAAGUAGGGAUCUUAAGGUGAUGACUGAUGUAGUUGGAAACCCAGAGGAAGAACGCAGAGCUGAAUUUUAUCACGAGCCAUGGUCUCAAGAGGCUGUGAGCAGAUAUUUCUACUGCAAGAUCCAGCAGCGCCGGCAGGAACUGGAACAGUCUCUGGGAGUGCGCAACACAUAAGUACUGUUCACAAGAUCCCAUUGGCAUCAUGACCACCAAACCAGUGGACUUCCCAGUGUUACUUAGCUCACUGUUACACAUGGACCUGCUUCCUGACUGGAUGAGAAUGUACCAUCAGCACACCAGUCAGAACACCAGCUUUGAGUGACCCUUGAAAAUCUUGCCCAUGGGGGGUGUCUCAAACAAUUCCAGGCCAGAGACAGCGCCAUACAAGUGUCAGUGUUAAAGAAGAUUAAAGGUUCAUUCAUCAACGCACAUCAUUAAGUUUUAGUGGAAAGUUCAGACACUACACAGCAAAUCCUAAUGGGCUAUGCAUAGAAUUGUGGGUGGCACUGAAGGGGGAGGCUGAGAUAGGUGUUAUAAGAGACUACAGAUUUAGAGAAAUAAAUGCAGUUCUCAUACUAUUUA